GAAUGGUUUUAUUUAGAUUUCUAUAGAUUCUAACUGAGUAUAGAAAAGAUGGAAGAAGAAGAUGAAUUCUUCAUUAUUCCUAAGAUUGAAAAUCCCCCAAUUUGUAAAUGUUUUCUAAUUGACAACAGUGAUUUGACUCAAUCUGUGAGUGAAGAAAUACAAAUACCUGAGCGGAAAGAGCAAGUCUUGAGUACUGUUAGCCGAACCGAGAACUAUCUAAGAGAACGUCGAAUUCCAGAACUAAUUCGCUUCUUGUUUACACAAGUUAUAUCUCAUGCUCCUCAUAAACCUUUAGCCUUUUUAGAAAAAUUACUAGAUGAUUGUAUGCUUUUCCGUGCUGGUCUAGGCGUAGCCCCAGUUUUAUAUGAACAAAGGCACCUUGAGGCUGUAAUAAAGAGUUUUGAUCCUGGACAAAGGGGCUGGUUAAGUGCUGGGCAAGUUCGCCGUCUUUAUACUACAUUAGGUUUCACGUCUGAAGAGUAUCAUGAUGAUAGAAUAUAUUGUGAUGAAUUACUAAAUAAUCUCAUACGAGUACAAGAACACGAUUUGUUACAACUUUUAGCUGCUGGAAUUUCAAAACCUGAAUGAAAUAUGGUCCAGAUGUUUUGAAUACUGACUAUUGUAAUGUAAUUGAAUACAUUCCACUAAGAAUAAGUUCAAUCUUUUUACUUGACUGA